AUGAAUAUGAAAUUUGACUGCUUCCUUCUGAACAGAUCAACUAACUGAUUUUAAGUAGUAAAGCAACAUUGUAUGUUACUUAUUAUCAUACGUUUAUAUUGAUGUUGUAAUGUACAUAUAAAAGGUAAUCUUAUCUUGGUCAGAAUAAACAAAAUCCAUUUAGUCACAAAGAGAGGCAGUUGCAGCUUCAUUAAAUAACAGCGAAGAGAAUUUUUCAUUUACCCUACAUAUAAAGCGUUCUGAUAAUGUGUGAGUAUGGUGAUACCGACAAGUCUGCAUAUAUUCAGGAGUGGACGGAUCUUAAUCACUACCAUCGGCCAGAACAACAAAAACAAUUACUGCCAUCGACGACACAAUUGCAAUACCAUUGUAGAAAUGAUAAUAACGAGAGGGAACCUGAAAACACCUCGAGGUGCUUUGGUGAGGAAGCAGCACUUUCAGUGUGUUUGACAUCGCAGUCAGAGCGGUUGGUGGCUUCACGUUUAACUGGAGGUUACAAUCUUGGCAGCAACUACUUAUUAGGCAGAAAGCCAACACCCCCUUGCCGAAAAAAAUUUGCAGAAAGGAUGACAAAGAUAAUAAAAAGUCGGAGCUUCAUAGUGGAUUUACUGUCGAUACUUUUUGGCAUAGGCACAUGGAUAGGUGUAAACGGUACUUUUAUUCAAGUACCGCUGCUAGUAAAAGAGGCGCCAGAAAGUUGGAGUUUAGCAUCGUAUCUAAGCGUUGCGGUACAGAUUGGAAAUAUAGGUCCGAUCACGUACACCCUCAUACAACACUUUGCGAAGAAGAGGAUAAACGAUUCGCUAUUCAUUUAUGUUUUGUUGGUGGUGGGCACAUUGGCAGCAUUGUUCACCAGCUUCUUCUAUAGUGAAACAGUGGUAGUAUUUGGCGAGGAACGCAGCUUAGCUCUAUAUAUACUCACAUUUUCAUCCGCUCUCACGGCAUGUACAAGUUCGGUGCUCUUUAUGCCUUAUAUGGGUCGUUUUAAGGAAAUGUACUUAGUAACAUAUUUUGUGGGGGAGGGCCUAAGUGGUUUGUUACCAAGUGUUCUAUCACUGGUGCAGGGCAUCGGUGGUGAUGCCGAAUGCGUCUUGGUGAACAACACAAUAUCCGGUGAAGAGGUCUACGAGAAACAAACACUUCCUCCACGCUUCGGCUCUAUGGAAUUCUUCCUAUGUAUUUUCGCUUUGUUUGUAUGCAGUGGCAUUGCUUUUACUCUGCUGGAUCGACUUAAAUUAGUAAAGCAGGAAUAUGUUGCAGGCCAAAUCGAUUUUGGCAACAACUAUAAAUAUGAAGAGGAUACCACGCCUAAUACUACAGACCAUGCUGCAGUUACAGAGACUCCCAAUAACGAAAAUAAGGCGACACAAAUUUCAGCCAACGAAUAUAUUUUACUGUUGCUACUUAUUGGCUGCUUAUCCUUCAUGGCCAAUGGCAUGUUCAACUCCAUACAAUCUUACUCAAGUUUACCGUAUGGUAACCAGGCGUACCACCUCUCUGUGACUUUGAGUGUAAUUGCUAAUCCGGUGGCGUGUUUCUUAGCGAUUUUUGUGCCCCAUACAUCGUUGCGGCCUAUCUAUGUGCUAUGCUCGUUGUGUGCCGUUUUGACUGCGUACGUGUUUGUUACAGCUUCCAUGAGUCCAUUACCGCCAUUGCAUGGCACCACCGCAGGAUCGGUGAUCGUGAUAAUUUGUUGGACUUUGCUAAUUGGAUUGGUGAGCUAUACCAAGCUAUCAAUUUCGUCAAUUAUGCGCGCUCAGGGUGGUCGAUCUCUCGUAUGGACUGGCGGACUUACACAAAUUGGUGCUCUUUUCGGCUCGGUGCUUAUAUUUAUUUUAAUAAACUACACAAACAGUUUUCAAGAAUCAGAGGGAAGCGAUUGCUAAAAUAAAAUAUUGUAUGUAAAAUUCUUAUGUAUUCGAAAUAUAUACAUAUAUGUAUGUACAUAUGUAUAUAUGUGGGUAAGUAAAUAUUUUACUUAAAGCCAGAUGAAUGAAUGAUGUUUACAGAACGGCAAAUAGUACAAACAUUUAGUAAUACAUUUUCAUCAUUUUUUAAUAUUAGAUACAUUUUCAUUUUAAAACUAAAUUGUUUGCGAAAGUGCGUUUUGAGUUGUCGCAAUUACUUUUUAAGAUUUUUUUAUAUAACGAGCUCAAAAAGGAUUUUAUGGUUAUCUAGUGAAAUGUGUGAAAAAAUGCAUUUUAUUGAAAAAUAAAAUUCAAAUAACUCUGAUUCAAAAACACUUCCUUCAUAAGUUGAAGCAUAUGGUAUGUAUAAGAAUAAGGAAAGUUUUUUCAACGGAAGAUCUUAAAAAAAUUAGAUUAACUAAAAAUACGCUGUGUUUUAUUGUAAAAAGCCCAUGUGUCACAGUUUCUAAACUAGCGCUGGUACA